GUCACGCGCACGUAAAGUAUCGCAGGAGCUAGCUUUAGAUAUUUAAUCUGAAGAAACUUCGAGCUAUCAGCAGGCGCAGACAACGGCCGAGGAAAGGAGCAACGCCUCUAAAUGGAGUGGGUGAAGCUUCAAACUGUUGGCACAGUGUCCACUUUUGGCUGACCUACAUGAGCAGGAUCCAACCUUUCUAACAACGGGUCAGACACUGCAGGAUGAGUGUGGAACUGCAAGGGUUGAAGGCAAGUUAAGACCCUAAUGAAACCGUCUUGAGAGAUGAUGAAUCGCUACACCACCCUGAAGCAGCUGGGUGACGGCACCUACGGCAGCGUGCUGAUGGGGAGAAGCAACGAGUCUGGAGAACUGGUGGCUAUCAAGAGGAUGAAAAGGAAGUUUUACUCAUGGGAAGAAUGUAUGAACCUAAGAGAAGUGAAGUCUCUAAAGAAGCUGAACCAUGCGAAUGUGGUGAAGCUGAAGGAGGUCAUCAGAGAGAACGAUCACCUGUACUUUGUCUUUGAGUACAUGAAGGAGAACCUCUACCAGCUUAUGAAGGACAGAAAAAAGUUGUUCCCUGAAUCAAUUACAAGAAACAUGAGCUUUCAGAUUUUACAAGGCCUGUCAUUUAUUCACAAACAUGGGUUCUUUCAUCGGGACAUGAAGCCAGAGAAUCUGCUGUGCAUGGGUCCAGAACUGGUGAAAAUAGCAGAUUUUGGACUGGCCAGAGAGAUCCGCUCCAAACCUCCGUACACAGACUAUGUUUCAACCCGAUGGUACCGGGCUCCAGAGGUCCUGCUCAGAUCGUCUACCUACAGCUCUCCUGUUGACCUGUGGGCGGUGGGCUGCAUCAUGGCUGAGCUCUACACUCUCAGACCUCUCUUCCCUGGAAACAGUGAAGUGGAUGAGAUCUUUAAGAUAUGCCAAGUUCUAGGCACCGUGAAAAAGACGGACUGGUCAGAGGGCUACCAGCUAGCUUCUGCUAUGAACUUUCGCUUCCCCCAAUGUGUGCCCACCCACCUGAAGACCCUCAUCCCAAAUGCCAGCAACGAGGCCAUCAUACUGAUGAGGGACCUGCUGCAGUGGGACCCCAAAAAAAGACCCACUGCUGUACAGUCCCUGCGUUACCCAUACUUCCAGGUAGGCCAGAUCUUAGGGCCUCGUCCUCAGAGCCAGGAGAUCAAGAAGGUCCAGGCCAGGCCGCCGGUCUCUGAGUCCAAGGCUGAUACCCAGCAGUCUUCCUCUGACUCCAAAGCCUCCACUUCCUCCUCCAAAAACCAGCAGCAGCCGCACCAUCAUCAUCCUCUUCAGCAGAUCCCCCUUCCCCAAACUGAGAGUAAAGCAGGAGGUCAUGCAAAAGCAGCAUCGCAGGGCAGUGAGAACAGCGUUGGUGGGGGGGGGAUGGCGGUGCUGAAGAGCGGCCGUCGUCGCUGGGGCCAGACCGUCGCCAAGACCUCAGACAGCUGGGAGGAAUCAGACCGCUCAGAAACCGCCGUCUCCGACUCCAAGAAGCCCAGCCUGGGGGACGCAGAGGAGGAGUGGGGCCCUCAGGAGGAGAGGGGCCCUCAGGAGGAGAGGGGCUCUCAGGAGGAGAGGGGCCCUCAGGAGGAGAGGGGCCCUCAGGAGCAUCGCCCACAGCCCAAGCCGUCGGAGCAGAAGCCUCUGUAUUCCUACAGCACAGUCACUAAGCUACCCAACAAUGUUAAGAUGGGCCAAAUGGACCCCAAUCUCCCAGGAUCUGCUGCACGACAGCACUACCUGAGCCAGUCUCGAUAUCUGCCAGGGUUGAUCGGCAAGCAUCAGACUUCUUCUGGCGAUAAGGAGUUGAGUGGUUUAACGCUGCGGGACUUGUGGGAGAACUCCUCAAACACUGUAAAUAAACCGCUCGCUCCUAUUGGAGGAGGAUUAUCAGUCACGAGAGCCAAAGCAGAAGACAAUGCCUCUAAAUCUGACGAUAGCCCGCCAGAGAAAACUGUUGUUAAAGAAAGAAUGCUGGAGAAAAUUGAUCUCUCCAAAGGGAACUUUGUGAGCACCAAAUACAACCUCUCUGGCGCUUAUAUUCCUUCAUUCCAGAAGAAAGAGGUGGGCUCAGUGGGGCAGAGAAUCCAUCUCGCUCCUUUGGCUGGUCAGCACACAAUCAAUCCUUCCUCUUCUCCUGAUAACAAAAAAGAGAAAUCUAAAUCUGCAAAGGCCAAGCCUGUAUCCAACUCCUCUUUGAGCGAAAGUAAUGAAGAUUACGAGGGCUUGAAGAGGAGAGCAGACAGGACUCAGAUGAAGGGGGGCAGCUACUCGGCCCUGGGGAAGACUUCUGGGAAUCUCCUCAGCCGAGCCCCCCCCGUGCAGCCGGUCCACGGCAGGGUGGACUGGACAUCCAAAUAUGGUGGAACUCGGUAGAUCGGACAAGUCAUGCAGCUUCUCCUGCUUGAUGGACUCUUGUAUACAUAUUUAGAUAAUGGAUGUUAACCCCAAGCACAGUUUUAAACACACUGAAACCCUACAGGGAAUGCAGUAUGUUCCCCUGAAACAAAUGACAAAAAAAUUAACAAGGUAGCUGGUAGGGGAAAAAACUGGUCUCAAAAGACAUGCUUUCAGGAGACAUUUUUCAUGCCACAAUUGCAUAAUUCUGUUUCCAGAGAGCCCAAAAGAUGUUACUGUAAAACAUGUUUUGGAGAUGACGGUUGCCAUGAUGCUGAAUAAGACUGUCUGCUAGACAAUCCCACUGUACUCCAGUGUGAGCCAAUUCUACUGUUAGUGUUGAGAUACUCUGUGUACAAUUCAAAUGUAGCAUAGCUUUUCAUUUUUAUACUGUAGUUUAUUAUUGUUGUCAAGUAUUGUUUUAAUACUGAUAGAAAAGCACUAACAGUAAUUUAUUAACGUUGAUCCCUCUGCUUUAAAUUUCAUAACAAAUUGUAAUAGCAACAAAAACGAUCCCUUCAACUUAUUCUGUGCCGCAAGACAAUGGCACACCUAUUUGUAUUAUGCAAUGAAUUAAUUGAGCAUUUUGUAAACAUUUUAUACAAAUAAAUAAAUGAAAUGUCAUAAUGCACUCAUA